AUGUAUUCAAAAGCAAAAAUCAGUCAAGCUGCUUACGUGUAUUGCAAAACCCGUCUUUUGCCGGUUCGUCGAAAUAUAUAUCUUUUUUCUGAUAUUAUUAUUAUUGUUGUUGUUAAACAAAAAAAUUAUUAUUUACACCCCACCGAGGCGGUAUUCGUCUUCACGGGUGUUAUGAUAGAUUGGGUGUCAAUUGUACGACAUUCGCGACGUCGUUUCAGCGACUAUGUCAAUGCAGUGCCAAUGAAAAUCCGGAAGCGCAGACAGAAAAAUCCUAGGGAUUUAUUAUAUGUGUCGAGUACAGAUGAUAAAAAUAGUGUCGGUUAUUACGAGCGAUUGUAUGGUUUAUGUAUAUGUUGCCGUAAAAUAAGACAUGCAACGAGGAAUGUAGAUGAGCAGCUUCCACCCCCGCCUUCGCCGCCUCAAAUAAAGGAAGCAGUGCAAUUAGACGGUGUGUCAAGACCGAGUUCGGUAGAACGCGUUAUCCAUUCCGAAAUAUCGCCUCACAUUUCGGCAAACCACGAUACCCAUAAAGUUAAAAGUUAUGAGUUCACGUAUAUCGUCAGUGAGCCAGAGCAGCCUUGGAUAAAAAAUAUUAUCAGCGCUGCUUAUCGCGUUGAGAGCAAUUGCUUGGCAAUAAAAAUUUGUUUUUACUGUUAUUUGUUUAUCGAGGACUCAAGAGAUUUCAAACGCGAUAGACAAUAA